AUGGCAGCUUCACUGCCAUCAUGGAACGUGGCCCCCCUCCUGAUGGUCCCCCUCCUGGUGGUCCCACAAACCCACAAGCUCCCAAGGAAGACUAUACUUUUGCGUUCAGGUCAAAAAGAUGUCACCCAAGACGUGAAACGAGCUAUACAAGAGCUUGAUGAGGAUAGGCAACAUAUAACACUUCGACUGUAUGACCAGCAAGCCUGCUUCGGCUACUAUCUCAAGAUUUCACAGAAACCCGCGGUCAAUACUGUUUAUGCGGAGUUGAAAUGGGCUGACCUCGAAUGUCUCAGACUUGCAGACGAACUGAUCUGUGCCGGUGAACCGGCCGUCCAAGAACAUCCUCAGGACGCAUGGAAAGCAGAGUGGGACUCCAAAGAGCAGUUGGAAGCCUUCGUUGAACACGCCUCCAUGGUCAAAACCCCCGGCGGGCUCACACGUUUGACGCCACCUAUGUCCGUCACGAACUCCAAGUUCUUAGGAGGGUUGUUCUCUGGUUUCAAAACCCUGGAUCUCGUACUCUGGUUUUGCCUGUUUGCUGCUAGCGCGAUCUAUGGGGGUGUACACCUUUUCGCAUGGAACGACCUAACAAAGAAGAGCAACUGUCACACCAAUCCCCACGAGCACAGCACGAUCCCCAACAUGGACCGUCCCCCGUCCCCCAUAUUAACCCUCCUCGCAACCCACCUCCGCGUAUCCGCGACCCUUCAAAUCAACGAACGCGUCCAGGCCCGUCUCCAACAAGGACACAAGGUGGUCCAUCUCGGCUUCGGCGAAGCCACCUUCCCAAUCCACCCGCGCAUCGCCGCCGCCCACCGCGAUGCAUCACUGAACACCAGCUACGCGCCUGCUAUUGCCCGAUUCCAGACGCGACGCCUAGGUGCCGAAGUGGCGCCCGAGCAGGUCGUUGUCGCGCCGGGGUCGAAGCCGCUGUUGUUCGCGCUGUUUGAUAUACUGGCGGGCGAUGUGUUGUUGCCGCGACCGUCGUGGGUGAGUUAUGAGCCGCAGGUGCUGCAUGCGGGCAAAAGGGUAUUUUGGGUAGAGACGAGUGAGCACGAUCGGCAUGCUAUCUCGGAGAGUGCGCUACGCGAGACAUACGAAGGUGCGGUUAAAGAGGGCGCGCGACCGCGUGUGUUGCUGGUCAAUAGUCCGUCGAAUCCGACGGGUGGCGUGUAUAGCCAGGAGAACAUAGAUGGGAUUGUGAAGUUUUGCGAAGAGUUUGGAGUUACGCUGAUCAGUGAUGAGAUCUACGCUGAUAUCUUCUAUGGGAAAGAGCGGCCCUCGAGCCCAGGCGCUGGCGGGAAGCUCAACAGCGGGAAUAUCAUUCUUACAGGCGGACUGUCAAAAACAUACUCUGCAGGCGGCUGGCGAGUUGGGUAUGCUGUGUUUCCAAACAACGACUUUGGCAAGACCGUACAGGCGGCGAUUCUGGCUUAUGCAUCCGAGUGCUGGUCCGCAGCUUCUGCACCAGCGCAGGAAGCAGCGACAGUUGCGUUCGACACAUCGCCGGAAAUGGAUGUGUAUCGAACUCAGGUCGCUGCACUCCACAAACGUUGUACACUCGAACUGUAUCAAGCUCUGAAAGAUUGUGGCCUUGAUGUCCCUGAGCCUCAGGGUGCGUUCUACAUCUACCCGUCUUUCCAGCCUUUUGCAGAGCAGUUGCAACGGAUUGGCAUCAAGACGAGUGCAGAGCUUAGCACCUGGCUCAUCACUGAGUGUGGCAUCGCAACUUUGCCUGGCUCGGCGUUUGGCGAAGAUGACCAAGGAGUUCCGGGAGGGAGAUAUCGCCUUCGUAUGGCAACGAGCUAUUUGUAUUUCCAAACCACUACCAAACGCUACGAGCUGGGCCCUGAGCUUUUGGCUUCAGCUGUAAUUGACAAGGAACCACCAAGGCUACCUUUAUUGCAGGAGGCAAUAAAGGCCUUGGAAAGUGCAGUUGCGAAGUUAAGGGUAUCGUAG